AUGCUGCAAGGGUUCAGCAACGUUAUGCUGCCACGUAAAGGUUUUCAUCAUCAUCAUCAUCAUCAUCAUCAUCAUCAUCAUCAUCAUCAUCAUCAUCAUCAUCAUCAGCAGCAGCAGCAGCAGCAGCAGCAGCAGCAGCAGCAGCAGCAGCAGCAGCAGCAGCAGCAGCAGCAGCAGCAGCAGCAGCAGCAGCAGCAGCAGCAGCAGCAGCAGCAGCAGCAGCAGCAGCAGCAGCAGCAGCAGCAGCAGCAGCAGCACAGCAGCAGCAGCAGCAGCAGCAGCAGCAGCAGCAGCAGCAGCAGCAGCAGCAGCAGCAGCAGCAGCAGCAGCAGCAGCAGCAGCAGCAGCAGCAGCAGCAGCAGCAGCAGCAGCAGCAGCAGCAGCCAGCAGCAGCAGCAGCAGCAGCAGCAGCAGCAGCAGCAGCAGCAGCAGCAGCAGCAGCAGCAGCAGCAGCAGCAGCAGCAGCAGCAGCAGCAGCAGCAGCAGCAGCAGCAGCAGCAGCAGCAGCAGCAGCAGCAGCAGCAGCAGCAGCAGCAGCAGCAGCAGCAGCAGCAGCAGCAGCAGCAGCAGCAGCAGCAGCAGCAGCAGCAGCAGCAGCAGCAGCAGCAGCAGCAGCAGCAGCAGCAGCAGCAGCAGCAGCAGCAGCAGCAGCAGCAGCAGCAGCAGCAGCAGCAGCAGCAGCAGCAGCAGCAGCAGCAGCAGCAGCAGCAGCAGCAGCAGCAGCAGCAGCAGCAGCAGCAGCAGCAGCAGCAGCAGCAGCAGCAGCAGCAGCAGCAGCAGCAGCAGCAGCAGCAGCAGCAGCAGCAGCAGCAGCAGCAGCAGCAGCAGCAGCAGCAGCAGCAGCAGCAGCAGCAGCAGCAGCAGCAGCAGCAGCAGCAGCAGCAGCAGCAGCAGCAGCAGCAGCAGCAGCAGCAGCAGCAGCAGCAGCAGCAGCAGCAGCAGCAGCAGCAGCAGCAGCAGCAGCAGCAGCAGCAGCAGCAGCAGCAGCAGCAGCAGCAGCAGCAGCAGCCUAUUUUUAUGUCCACUGCAGGACGAAGGCCUCUCCCGCUUCGUCAGUCCAAUCGCCCCGACCUCUUCGUCAUCUCUCAUUCCAACGAUAUCGGUGGGCCGUCCUCAGAGCAGCAUCCAAGCACAAACCACAGGGCGAGCCCGGGAGGCCUUUCGGCGGAGCAGGAGAACAGUCUGCUGCGACCUGCUGCGCCGGGCCUGGCCGGGUUAGACACCAGCGUCAGCGCGACCGAUGAUCUCGGAGGGGGCGAACGGCCCGCGUCGUCCUGCGGCGUCGGCCCAGUGGGCGGCGGCCAGCGGCUGCGCGCCGUCGCCUCUGUGCUCGCGUGGCUGCGACGGCCGCAGCUGCUUCCGAGGCAGCUGCCACCAAAGCCGCGCAUCGCCAAGGCCAUCGAUUACUUCUCGCGUACCGUGUUCCCCGUCCUGUUUGGAGUCUUCACCUUCGGGUUCUUCCUGGCGUACGCCGUGAUCGGCCCGUCGGCCGAGGAGAACUGGAAACUCAUCGAAUACUAG